CACAGUGCUUUGGAAAGGGCAAAAGAGAUGCUCACCUGAACAUCCUCAGGGAAACACUGGCAACUUUUAGUGGGGCUUUUAAUCAAAACAGAGACAAAUAUUAAGUGUACAAAGUCUUUCAAAUGCUCUCCUGUGAAAGCAUCUGUGUGGAUACAGAAGCACUUUGCCCAGCCUUAGAGAUCAGUCUGGAAAGUUCCACUUAUCAAAUGGGUGCAGAGGAUUGCCCUACAUGCUCAGCUUUGACCAAGGUUUCCCUUAGGUGAUUUUCAUCAGUGGAAACUUUGCAUUACACAGAACUCCAUACUGGGGUCCCACAUCUGAAAACAUCUUCCGAAGAAGGCUUUGGACUUCACCUUAAGAAAGACAGAUUUCCACUUUAGACACCACGUCAUUUUCCUUCCUGUGAGAAUAACAUGAACCAGAAGGUGUUAGUUUUCCUUCUCCCAAAUUUUUUAUUUGGAAUAUUUCUUUUUGGGUUUUUCUGUAGGAGACAAAAAAACCUAACAGAUGCUUUUUCCAAUCCUACUGAAAAUUGGCUGGCAAUUCAAAACGGUCGGAAAAACACACUGGCUUCUGUCUGCCUGAGGAAUAACCUCAAUAAACCAAGAAGCAAAUUGGAUUCUCAUGUUGCAAACCAGCUCUUUGUGGAGCACAAACAUAAAUUUAUCUACUGUGAGGUGCCUAAGGUAGGCUGCUCCAACUGGAAGAGAACCAUUUUUCUUCUUCAAUCAGACUUGAAUGCAGAAGCUUCUGAAAUUGAGCAUGACAACAUCCACCAUACCCAACUAAUCAAAAGGCUGCUGUCCUACCCUCCUGCCUUACAAAGGGAAUUUCUAAGCAAUUACACCAAAGUGAUGUUCACCAGACAUCCCCUGGAACGGCUGGUUUCAGCUUACAGAGACAAACUCCUGCACUCUGAACCAUUCUACAGUACCACUAUUGCUAAUGAGAUCAGGGCAAUGUUCAGGAAAAAUAAAAAUUCUUCUGAAAAAGUGAGUUUCCAGGAAUUUGUCAACUUCAUUAUAGCAAAACCACCACAUACUCUUGACAUUCACUGGAAACCAAUGUUUCUGCUCUGUGAUCCUUGCAACAUUCACUAUGAUAUUGUGGGUAAGUAUGAAACUCUUGGCUUGGACUCUGAGCAUGUUCUGAAGGCCAUUGGUGCACCAGAGAGCCUGCAAUACCCCAGCUUGAAGAGAUACAGCUCAGAGAAACGAACUGAUGGUGAUAUCACCUUAGAAUACCUCAGACAACUGACCUCAGAACAGAUUGAGAAGAUAAAGAAAUUGUAUGAAAUGGAUUUUUAUUUGUUCAACUAUACUAUGAAAUACAAGGAUUAUUUUUCCCUGAAUGACUAAUGUAGGUUAAACAAAGAGAAGUUUCCUUUGUACAAAAUGGGCAGAACUUGUCCUCACCACUGCUUGAUUGAUGGGUUGGUGACUGCUGCUGAGAUUAUCCUGGAGUUUGUAUAUAUGGUUUAUCAUUGUACGCACUCUUAUAUAAAAUCCCUGCCAUGAUCUCUUGUUCCAUGCAGACCUUUACCUAUUAAAAUGAUUGUCUUCCUAUUGAUC